AUGGUCGCCCCCUCUCCGGCGCUAGACGGGGUGCAGACGGACGGCCUGCUGCGAUGGAUGGACAUGCUCGACAAGUUGAGGCAAUCUGCACUCCAAACGCCCCUGACGAAACGCGUAUUGGAUAUUGCCCGUGUGCCUGUACUCGCGCAUGUUGGCCGUGGAGGGUGCAGCAUGGCAAGCACCGUCACCGUCAUGCGUAAAUACGGCAGGGGUGCCGCGCGCGCUUUCCUCGGUCCGUCCGCCACCGUCGCCGUCACCGUCACCGUCACCGUCACCGUCACCGUCACCGUCACCGUCACCGUCACCGUCAUGGCGGGCAAAAAAUAG